AUGAACGCUGCAAGACUCUUGAGGCUCCAGCCUCUUCGGGCAGCUGGCAUGCGGCAAGCUGCCUUCCGCCAAUCCGCCCAGAAACAGACUGGCAGACCGUUCCACAACACCCGAACCAGGUUCAGGGCCAAGGAGGAUGACCAAAGCGCACACACCAUCACCCAAAGAAUCCGCAUGCUCAAGAGAAUUCCUCCUGAGCUUCUCCCUCUCGGCGUGGUCAUCUCCUUGCUUUGCUAUGGGCAGGAAGCUCAUGACCGACCGGACCCUUCGCUUGCAGAGGUCUUCACAGAAACAUUGAAGAGGCUACGACAACGUCUGGGGUUCGACAGCAGCGAAGGCACGUGCGAACGAGAGACAGUCUGUGUUGUCAGGUCCUAA